AUGGCACAAACUUAUGGCCAACAACAAUCUCAAACUCCAGAACAUACUUUACCAGGAGUAAUUCAUUUUCUUCAAUCAGAAUGGAGACGAUUUGAACGAGACAGGAAUGAGUGGGAAAUUGAACGCGCUGAAAUGAAGGCUCGUAUUGCAUUAUUAGAAGGGGAACGUCGCGGAAUCGAAAACAUGAAAAUAGAUUUAAUGAGACGAGUAAAAAUGUUAGAAUUCGUUUUAAGGCAAGAGAGUAAAUAUUUGGCCGGUAAACUUCCAACACAAUCACAAUCAUUCACAAAAGAGUCAACUUCCAUAUCAACUGAAGAAGGACCUGAAUCAAAUGAUAUAGAUUCUUUGAAAUCUUCAAUAACUUCAGGACGACCUAUCUUGCAUCACAAAAAUUUAUCAUCAACUCGUGAUCCAAAAUAUCGUACAAAAAGUCGCGAAAUACUUAAAACGAAUAGUGCAAUAUUUGUUGGUGUAAAUUCUAAUCCUAAUUCAUAUAAUGAAAUUUCAUUGAAGAAACCUGGAAAUGUUUCAAUAAAACCAUCUAGACCUGCUCCUUCAACUCCAACAACUCCAUCAAUAGCAUCAAUUAAUUCUUCGAGUCAAUUGCCGUUAGAAAAUCCUAAAGAUGAUAUAGAUGUCGUUCCUUUUGAACACGAAGAUGGCUCUUAUUUCCCUAGAUAUGGAGAAGAAUCGAUGAAGAAAGAUGUGAACUUUGCUAAUAAUUCAAAUUAUGAAAAUCAUUCUAUUGAAAACAUUUCAGUAGGUAAUGGAAUAGACGAAAUGAUGCUCAAUCUUAAUUCCGAAAAUAAUAACGAUCAUGAAAGAGGUAUCAAUUAUUCUUCCACUAAUAAUAAAUCAAAACAAAUUGGAGAAUGGAAGUUAAACCAAGUAAAAAAUAAAAGUAAAUUAGCCUAUUCAAAAAGUGCAUCCGAUUUAAAGGAAGAAGAAGAACAAUUGACCAAAGAUGUUCAGAAAAAAUUCAAUCUAUCAGAAGAUAAAGUGACGAAACUGAUGAAGAAUGCAAAAAAACGAAAGAGUCAGGAAAUUUUAUCAAUCACAUCUGAUCCACUACUAGAUGAACUUAGUUUGUCCGUAGAAGACGAAAGUCCACAGAAAUCCGAGGCCGAUAGAAUAUAUGAAAAUGGAACAGAUCGGAAAGUAUGGCGACAACGGUUUACUUUAAGAAGCCAUCUCGAUGCUGUACGAUCUCUUUCAUGGCAUCGGUCAGAGCUUCUACUUGCUUCAGGAUCAGAAGAUGGUACCGUCAAGCUUUGGGAUUUGAAGGGGUCUUCUUCAAACAAACUUACUGUGGUUCCUGAUAUUGAACCAUUAAUGACAUAUCGAGGCCAUUCUGCUGCUGUUAAUUCUGUCGUUCUUGGGACGGAACAGCACCGAUGUUAUUCAGCCAGUAUGGACUCUACAGUUAGGGUGUGGAAUUUACCGUCAUCUAAACGAGAAACUUAUGGACCAGUCGAUCCAUCUUUAAAUUUGACCACUUACAUCGGCCAUACAGACGCUAUAUGGGAUUUAAGAUUGUUUCCUAUACAUUUUCAGAGUACCCAAUUAUUGGCGUCAGCAUCAGCGGAUGGAACGGUCAAAAUUUGGGACACCGAAGCAGAAGGAUCACCUUUAAAAAGUACUUUAUAUUAUUACGGAAAUAAUAGUAGAGAGAUAAUUAAUGGCCGUCCACCUGCACCUAUUCCUACAUCCGUUGAUUUUGUUCAUAGUGAUUUGAAGAAGAUUGCUGUUUCUUUCCAAAAUUCUAUUAUAAAGCUUUUCGAUGUUGAAACAGGACAAGAUGUUUUAACAUUUGAAAGCAAUGAAACAUAUGAUAAUUCACCCGCAACGCAAAUUAAUUAUAUAACCAUUCAUCCUACAAUGUCACUGUUAUUUUCAGCACACGAGGACAAAUAUAUUCGAUUCUUUGAUGUUAAUAGCGGUAAAUGUAGCUUUUCAAUGCUUGCUCAUUUGGAUUCGGUUACCUCACUUGAUGUUGAUCCUUCAGGAAUGAUAUUGAUUUCAGGAGGUCAUGAUAAUUCUAUUCGCUUGUGGGAUAUUGUUUCAACACGGCAAUGUAUUCAAGAAUUUGUAUCUCACCGACGUAAAUCCGAUGAGGGAGUUCUAUCUGUUAAAUAUCAUCCAUCUUUACCUUGGAUAUCAAGUGGAGGAGCGGAUUCCAUUAUAAAGAUACAUUGUUGA